GGUUUUGGCGCCAAAGGGGGAGCGUGGAGGUUGCUGCGAUCGGGCCGGCGUUUGGGAUCGCGUCCUGGGCGCUGCCAGGGAUCUCUUAGGACCCUUUCAGGAGCAACCCGGUGCCUGCCUGUUUGCUACCACCUCCCGGCAGCAUGGCAGCCCCGGCGGGCGGGCUGGACGACGCGGAGCUGCGGGAAGCGCAGCGCGAUUACCUGGAUUUCCUGGACGAUGAGGAAGAUCAAGGGGUUUACCACGGCAAAGUGCGCGACAUGAUCAGCGACAACCAGUACCGCCUCCUGGUCAACAUCAACGACCUGCGGAGGAGGAACGAGAAGAGAGCCAACCGGCUUUUGAGCAAUGCCUUCGAGGAGCUCAUCGCCUUUCAACGUGCUCUGAAGGACUUUGUUGCCUCUGUUGAUGCCACCUAUGCCAAGCAGUACGAGGACUUCUACAUUGGGCUGGAGGGCAGCUUUGGUUCCAAGCAUGUCUCGCCACGGACGCUGACUGCCUGCUUCCUGAGCUGCAUCGUUUGCGUGGAGGGCAUCGUGACGAAGUGCUCUCUGAUUCGUCCCAAGGUUGUCCGGAGCGUCCAUUAUUGCCCAGCUACCAAGAAGACUAUUGAGCGCCGAUACACAGACUUGACAUCCCUGGAUGCUUUCCCUUCCAGCACUGUCUACCCUACAAAGGAUGAGGAGAAUAACCCCCUGGAGACAGAGUAUGGCCUCUCAGUCUACAAGGACCAUCAGACCAUCUCCAUCCAGGAGAUGCCUGAGAAGGCACCAGCAGGGCAGCUGCCACGCUCGGUGGAUGUCAUCCUGGAUGAUGACCUGGUGGACAAGGUGAAGCCUGGAGAUCGCAUCCAGGUGGUUGGGACGUAUCGCUGCCUGCCAGGAAAGAAAGGAGGUUACACAUCAGGGACGUUCAGGACUAUCCUCAUUGCCUGCCAUAUCAAGCAGAUGAGCAAAGAUGCUCGGCCUCUCUACUCUGCUAAUGAUGUGGCCAAGAUCAAGAGGUUCAGUAAGAGUCGCUCCAAGGAUAUCUUCAACCAGCUGGCGAGAUCCCUGGCACCCAGCAUCCACGGGCACGAGUUCAUCAAGAAGGCCCUCCUGUGCAUGCUGCUUGGAGGGGUGGAGAAGGUCCUGGAGAAUGGGAGCCGUAUCCGAGGAGACAUCAACAUCUUGCUGAUAGGAGACCCUUCUGUCGCCAAAUCCCAGCUGCUGCGCUAUGUGCUGGGCACUGCUCCCCGUGCUGUUGGCACUACUGGCAGGGGCUCCUCUGGUGUUGGCCUGACUGCUGCUGUCACCACCGACCAAGAAACCGGUGAACGGCGUCUGGAAGCAGGGGCCAUGGUGUUGGCUGACCGGGGUGUGGUGUGCAUCGAUGAGUUUGACAAGAUGUCUGACAUUGACCGCACGGCCAUCCACGAGGUGAUGGAGCAGGGCCGUGUCACCAUCGCCAAGGCCGGCAUCCACGCUCGCCUCAACUCCCGCUGCAGUGUCCUGGCAGCUGCCAACCCCGUCUAUGGCCGGUAUGACCAGUACAAGACGCCCAUGGAGAACAUUGGCCUGCAGGACUCCUUGCUCUCCCGCUUCGACCUGCUCUUCAUCAUGCUGGACCAGAUGGACUCUGAGCAGGACAGGGAGAUCUCAGAUCACGUCCUGCGAAUGCACCGCUACCGCAACCCCAAUGAGCAGGAUGGGGAUGCCAUGCCCCUGGGCAGCGCCGUGGAGAUCCUGGCUACGGAUGAUCCUGAUUUUGCACAGGAGGAGGAACAGGAGCUUCAAGUGUAUGAGAAACACGAUGACCUCCUGCAUGGGCCCAACCGCCGCAAGGAGAAGAUCGUCAGCAUGGAGUUCAUGAGGAAGUACAUCCAUGUGGCAAAAAUGAUCAAGCCUGUCUUGACCCAGGAGUCAGCAGAUUACAUAGCAGAGGAGUACUCAAGCCUGCGCAGCCAGAACCAGAUGAACUCAGACAUUGCCAGGACCUCCCCGGUCACAGCCCGUACCCUGGAGACAUUGAUCCGCCUCUCCACAGCCCAUGCUAAGGCCAGGAUGAGCAAGACAGUUGAUCUGCAGGAUGCAGAGGCAGCUUUGGAGCUGGUGCAGUUUGCCUACUUCAAAAAGGUGCUGGAAAAGGAGAAGAAGCGCAAAAAGCAGGUGGAGGACGACUCAGAGACUGAGAAGGAGGAGGAGGAGGAGGAGACGCAGCCUGAGAAGGAGGGCAGGAAGCAAAGGAGGAAGAAGGCACGCACAGAGGGCGAGGAGGAGUCCUACGACCCCUAUGACUUCAGUGACGCCGAGCAGGAGAUGCCAGAGGUCCAGGCACAUACUCCCAAGACACCUGAAAGCUCAGCCACUGGCGAAGCGAAGAAGCCAGAGUUGGCUGACCCACGGUUGAAAGCAUUCAAGGCUGCCUUGCUGGAAGUCUUCAAGUCUUCCCAUGCUCAAUCCGUGGGCCUGAAGAAUGUGAUGGAGUCCAUCAACCGUGACAACCCUGAGCCCUUCUCGCUCGCCGAAGUGAAGGUGGCAUUGGCCCACAUGCAAGAUGACAACCAGAUCAUGGUGUCUGAUGACAUUAUCUUCCUAAUCUGAGCCUCUAGGAGGAAGAUCCCAAAUUCUCAUGGGACUUUCAGUCUGGGAACUCUUUGUAUUUACCUUCACCUCUCUCCUGAAUGCUUCAUCUGGCUGAGCUGAACUUUGGGAAGCACUUUACUGGCUGUGCAUUGCUGGCACCAAAGGAGCCAGGACAAGUGGAAGCUCUCUCACUUGCCAGCUCAAACUGGAGUAUUUGGGAAGAGGUUUGGUUCUGCAAGUAGCCAAAAGGAAGAAUUUAUGUGCAAGUCACUGAUAUGCUUACUGUGUUUUUAGCUUUGGCCUGAGUUAUGUGCAAGCUCAGGUUGGUUUUACUCAAAGCUAGUUUGUUUUUGUGCAGCAGGGCUCCCAAUGGCAGGCUUUUGCCCAUGUAAAUCUUUCUUUUCUGCCCAUGUGGGGGCUUCCCAGGCUGGGAGGAGCCUCUUCCCUCCCGGCUUUUUUUACUGUCUAAUUAAAACAAAAACAUGGGUUUAAGCAUUCAGUAGCAGUGCUGGUAAGAGGCAAAUAUAGGGGGGGGAAAGGAAGGGGGUGGGGGAAGUUGGAGCUGGAAUUUUCAUAGAAACAAGCAUGCUCCCAUGGCCAGGGAGGGUUUUCAAGGAGAGGUGAAAUCACAGGUUAACCUGCACCCAGAGCUGGUGAAGGCUUGGGAUGUUAAAAUUCCAUUAUUUUAUGUUUUUUUAUCUUGGUGAAUUUGAGGUUAAGCUUUGGAGAAAGCCCUGAGCAGCACAGGCUCUUUCUGUUGUCCUUGCCAGGAUAUCUGCACCACUCAAGUGCCCUUAUUUGUGUCAGUGACACCAUCAAUAUUAACUUGCAUAAUAAAACAUGUCUAGAUACCAUAUGA